UCAUUCAUCAUUGACUUCAGCAUAAGGUGGUUGUUUUUGUACUAAGGUGGGUUGAAGACCACCGAGACAAAACGUACGCAGCAGAAUAGUGUAGUGUCAUUCCCCCACAAAUCCACUCACUAUGCCUUUUCAUCUUCUCUCUCUUUUCAACUUCUUCACAUAUAACUAACUCAAAUCACACUUUAAUCUCCAAAUCUCACAUCUAUCACCAUUCACCAAUGAAGUUCCAAUUUGCAUUAUUCUUAUUCUUAUGUGUUAGUUUUAUUCUCUACUUUUCCAAACAAUCCUUAUGCAUUACCAUUGAAGAAAGUUUCAAAGAAGCACCAAAAUUCUACAACUCCCCUACAUGCAAAACCAUUGUAUUCUUCCCUAGCAAUCAACAAUGCUCAAUUGAAGCCGUACACGUGGCAAUGACACUCGACGUGUCCUACAUCCGCGGCUCCAUGGCCGCAAUCCUCUCCGUACUCCAACACUCAUCAUGUCCAGAAAACAUUGUCUUCCAUUUCAUCGCCUCCUCUUCACAGCCUUCCUCAAAAACCGUUCUCAACAGAAUCAUAACUAACUCAUUCCCGUAUUUAAAAUACCAAAUCUACCCUUUCAACGACGAUCCCGUCGCCGGAUUGAUUUCAACCUCCAUCCGCUCCGCCCUCGACUGCCCUCUCAACUACGCUCGCACCUACCUCGCCGAGCUUCUCCCGGAUUGUGUAACCAGAGUCGUGUACCUUGACUCCGACUUAAUCCUCGUCGACGACAUUGCGAAACUCGCUUCCACUCCUCUCCGUUCAAACACCGUCAUCGCCGCACCAGAGUAUUGCGGCGCGAAUUUCAGUAUUUAUUUCACUUCGUUCUGGUCGAAUCCUUCUCUUUCGCUCACAUUCGCGAACCGUGAGGCGUGUUACUUUAACACCGGUGUUAUGGUUAUUGAUCUUCAGCGGUGGCGUUCCGGUGAGUAUACUACCAUGAUCCGGGAGUGGAUGGAGUUGCAGAAGAGAAUGCGGAUCUAUGAGCUGGGAUCGUUGCCGCCGUUUUUGUUGGUUUUUGCGGGGAGGAUUACGCCGGUGGAUCAUUGCUGGAAUCAGCACGGGCUUGGAGGUGAUAACUUUCGUGGGCUUUGUCGGGACCUGCACCCGGGCCCGGUGAGUUUGUUGCAUUGGAGUGGAAAGGGAAAACCGUGGGCCAGGCUUGAUGCUAAUAGGCCUUGUCCUUUGGAUGCUUUGUGGGCACCUUAUGAUUUGCUCAAAACUCGUUUUGCUCUUGAGUCAUAGAUGACCUCAAAAUUCAUUUUUUUCUUAAAAUUUUCAAAUAUUAAAUCCAAAUACUAUAUACUUUCUUUUAUUUUGAUCAUUUACUAUAUUGUUUUGUACAUGUGAAUGAUUAUACAUUACGUAUUAUUAUACUGAUAUUUUGAUAAGUUAUCUCAGUUGAUAACUAAG